CGAGCAUAUUACAGAACAAUUUUAACCACGAUUCAAACAACCAGUUUUUUCAGAACAGUUCGAACCACCAAUUUUAUGGAUUGAUAUACGUGAUGCAGUGAUAAACUUUCGGAACUAAACAAUAGCACGGAGAAAAAAAGUAAUAAUAUUUUCCUGACCUUUACUUAGUAAUGAUAAAAUUGUACGCUACUAAUAAAAUUGCACGAUAUGCUGGUCAAUAAUAAUAUUUUUCAAACUAUGCAAGGUGAAAACUUAGGAAAUAAAACUGUCAAUAUUCACUUUUUUUUGCAACGGUAAGCAAAUCUGUUAAGCCUAAAUGAAGCACUAACAAUAUGAAAUCAACUGUCCGCUCCGCUGCAUUCUGCGGUCUUGUACCAAGGUUUCAGAAGAACAAUGGCGACUAACCAAAUGUCAAAUCCGGUAAAAGCAAAUUGAAGGUGUGUCGGCUUGAAAUCGAAAUUACACUUGUCUUUUGACUGCAAUUUGCUUAAGAUGCUUUCUAGAGUAUGACAGGAAAAAAUAUCAGUGUAGAUCGUUGCUUUGAGGAUGCAGAAAAUUCAGGUACUCUUGACUUGUCGGGUCGAAAUUUGAAGGAAUUUCCAGAAUAUCCUGAAGAAUGUGAAUUAAUCGAUGUCAUCGAAUGUGACAUUUCGAAAAACCGUUUCACAGAACUUCCCACUGUAGUAUGUGAAUUUGUAGUAUUGGAAAGACUCAAUUGUCACCACAAUGCUAUAAGAUCCAUACCAGACACUAGUCGAUUGACGUCUUUGACUUGGCUCAAUCUCAGUAAAAACCAACUGCAAACAUUACCAGAGCAUAUAUGUGGUCUUCCAUUACAAGUAUUAAUUGUGAGCAAUAACAGAUUAUCAUGUAUUCCAAAUGAAAUUUGUAAUCUGAAGCAUAUUCAGUACUUGAAUAUUAGCUCAAAUGAGAUUGUAUCAUUACCUAGUACAAUUGGCCAAUUAUCAACUCUUCGUGAAUUGAACAUUCACCAAAAUCAUUUGGAACAACUUCCAGAUGAAAUUUGCAAACUAAAACUAGAAAAAUUGGAUUUCUCAUCAAAUAGAAUAACUGUUAUACCAAUUGUCUUUCGAUAUUUAACAACUCUUACUGAAUUAGUUCUUGCUAAUAACCCACUUCAAUCACCUCCUGCCCAGCUCUGCACAAGGGGUCGUGUACAUAUUUUUAAGUAUCUUUCAAUUGCAGCACAGAUUCAAGAUAAGGGAAAGGAUUCAACAAAAAGUUAUUCUUUGGCUCAUCACAAUGCUAGCAGUAUUUUGACUGAAGAAAAUCUUUUUCCAUCACCAAAUGAAGAAAGAACAUCAAGGAGGGUUGAUCGUAGAAAUAGCGAGCAGACAAAAAACAACGAUCAAUCAAGAAUAGGACGUAAAAGAACGACAUCCCUUGAAGCUGAACUCACUAGAGCUGACCUGUUACUUACCGAGGAACGUAAACUUGACAUAUUUGGUUUUGAGGGCGCUGAAAUUCAAUCUGAUUUGGAUUCUCAAAGAAAUGGCGAAGAACUUCGUGAAACCUCCAGAAAGCUUCAAGUUCAACUGGAAAAACAGAAGGAAAAUGCUCGACAGAAACAAGUUAAUGAAAGUCGUGUUAAAAUGACUGAUGGAUCCAAAAAUCGAAGAAGACCUUCAGCUAGUCAACAGCCGGCUGUGAGUAAAGUCGAAAGCAAAUCGAGUUUGGUGAAGAACGUUGAACGUGUAAAUAAUUCGAAAUCUAAAGAUGAUUCUCAGCAUGAUAGAAAAGACGUAAAAGCUUCAAUUAAAUAUGUGGAAACAGAGAGACGGAAAAGCAAAAAGGAAAAUGAUGUAAAUUACGCUGAGGAUGUUUACAUGCCAAGAAACGCUGAGGAUACACCAUUUCCUGGAAUAUACAAACGAUCCCAAACAGCUACUCCAAGUUCAGCUUAUGCAAAAAAAUUUACCGUAAGAAGAAUGUAUGAAAGUGCACGAGAGGAAUUGGAAAAAGUGGAAUUGCUGAGAGAAGCAAUUGAAAAAAGAUUGAAAGUUCGAUUACCAGAUGACAUUCCUGCAUGUCUGGCUGAUGGCACUGUUCUUUGUCAUUUAAUAAACUAUAUCCGAAAAGGAACAAUUCCCACAAUAUUUGUGCCAACACCAAAUAUGCCCAAACUCACAAUGAGUAAAUGCUUGAAAAAUGUGGAUCAUUUUCUAGCAGCAUGUCAGAAGUUAGGAGUAGGAAGGGACAAGUUAUGUAACCCAGCAGAUAUUGUGCAAGAAAAAAACCCAGCUAAUGUCUGGUUAACUGUUGAAGCCCUACUUAUGGAAACAAAAUCAAGUUAACAUCAAGCUAAAAUGUGAAGUGAUUAAAUUCAAAUAGAAAUAAGGUAUAAGUAAUUCUCCAAGUUAGUUUUAAUCAACAUGUAGAUAUAUUGUAGAUUUUACAAUUUGGAAAAAGUUCUUUAUAAUUUAAAUGUCAAUAUUUCUUCAUUCAUGUCAAGACUAUGUAUGCAAAUUAGAUAACAAAUAUAAAUAAACAACAUUUGUUUAAGGAAAUAAACUGGUUUUAACAAACCGACUAUGUCAGUUAAAUAGAUCCCAAUGGAGAAAUACUGUCAUUGUUGUCUCACACAUUUAAUGUACAUAACACAGCUGACCCCUUACUUGUUACUUUAAUUUAUUAACAUAUAUACAUAUGCAAUGUUUUUUCCGUAUUUUAUUAAAUAGUUAACCCAUUGAAAA